UUGGCUAAUGUGAUUUGUGACUCCAGUAGUGCGAGGUAGGUUCUGUGUGAGGGAAAGAAACACCUGGGGGAGAAAAAAAAAAAACAGGUCAUUGCUACUACAGGUUAGAAAAUGUCCACGAUGUCUGAACCACUUACAUUAGAGAAAGAGUAAUUGGUGUAUAUCUCCUUUGAACUAGCCAAGCAGUUGCUGUGAUCAUUUGAAAACCAUACCAUUUUGGACCGUCUUGAGGAAGUAGUCCUAAUUGUUUUGACUUUAAGUUUGGGAGAUUUUCAGUUUCUCCCUUCAUCAUAAAAUCUCUUGACCAGAUAAUCAGCAAUGUGAUGUUAACCGGGCAAUUGAAUUAUUGGAAAUUCUUCAAAUGAAGGGUGAAAUUGCUACACCUAAUAUGUCUGCCCUACAGAAGGUAUUACAAAGUGACUUCCUACAGACUGUGCGAGAAGUGUACGAACAUGUGUACGAAACAGUUGAUAUCGCUGGCACUCGUGAAGCCCGUGCCAAUGCUACAGCAAAGGCAACUGUAGCUGCCUUUGCUGCCAGUGAGGGACAUGCCCACCCUCGUGUUGUAGAACUGCCUAAAACUGAAGAUGGUCUUGGUUUCAACGUGAUGGGAGGAAAGGAGCAGAACUCUCCUAUAUACAUUUCCCGAAUUAUUCCUGAUGGCGUGGCCGCAAGAGAGGGUGGCCUUAAACGUGGCGACCAACUGAUAUCUGUCAAUGGAGAGAGUGUGGAAGGAGAACACCAUGAGAAAGCUGUGGAACUGCUCAAGAACGCUGUGGGUACAGUUCGAUUGGUUGUGCGGUAUACACCUAAAAUUCUCGAAGAAAUGGAAGCCAGAUUUGAUAAAACCCGUUCUGCUAGACGAAGAGCUUCACCUUAGAUUCUUCAUCAAGUUCAGGAGGGAUUUAUAUUUCCAACCAUUCCACCCAUGUGAUUAAUUUCCAUGGGAUCAUCUUCAAACGCCUCCCACCCUCCUCCAUUUCUCUUGUUAACUUUUCGGAUGUAGUUAGUUGGUCUUUUCAAUAAUCUGUAUAUCUUUGUAAACUGCCGAGUUAACCCACUUCAUAUGAGACACAUAUUUCAAGAAAAUUUUAUCAUCAAGGUUUUCCCUUUCUUUUCCUUUUUAUUCUAGAAAUGUAUUCUUGUCUUCUUCACAAGAUGUAAAAAUUGAUUUCUGUCGUCCUCUUUUAUUGAGGCAACUUUUCAACAAGGAAGAAGACUCACAUAUAAAUGUAUGCAUGUGUUUGUGUGUGUGUUUGUGUGUGUGUGUAUAUAUAUAUAUAUAUAUAUAUAUAUAA